AUGAAGAUGAAUCCUUACUUGAUCCUGAAGCUGACCUUGAGGGUCGUCCUGAACAUUGAUUUAGAUAUUGUGCUCGACAAGCCACCAAAAACUGUAGAGGAUCUUCCAUGGAAUUAUCUAAGGAAGCUGAUGGCCUUAAACGGGACUGGAAGAGACAUUUUACUUGAGAUAAAUCCUUCUACUGACGAUAAUGAUGACAUUUUUAAUGCUUCCUUAUUUCAAGAUAAACUUAAUGUGUCCACUUCCAUACACCCCCUGGAUGUCCUGUGUGUCCUCCUGCAUUGUUCAGAUAGUUUUCUGCAACAAGACAUUGUAUCCAAAAUGGCCAUGUGUCAGUUGGCUGUCCCUCUGCUGCUCCCUGCUAGUGACGGGUCACACUGCACCUUCAUGCUUUGGGCAAUGAGGAAUAUUGUGAAGAAGAGGAGACCUCAGUCACUAGCUGACAAAAAAGGGUUCAGAGAAGAAAAUGUGGUCAACAUACCCAUGCCAAUCUUCUCUUUUGUCCGACUGGGGAAAACCAAAUUAUCCAAAUCUAAAUUACUGAACCAAAUUCUUAACCCAGCCCACCAACAUAACUUCUUCAUACAUGACAAUAUGGAUGGAGGAAACUUUAAGAGAAAAAUAUCUGAUGGACUCGUGGAAAUUUGCUGGUAUUUUCCUUCUGGUAAGUCUGAUGUUUUCCCUGAGCCCAUCACAGUGACCAACCUACGAGGAGACCUGGAGAACAACUGGGACCAGUUCAUGUUUCUGACUGGAGUCUCAUCAGCUGUAUUUAUAUUCAUUGAGAGUAUUUCUGAGGAAGAAUCCAGACUCUUAUCAAGCUGCCCUACUAAUGACACCCAAUAUUAUUUCAUUGUUACUCCAGGUCCUGGCAAAAAUGUGAGUGCACAGACACUGAAGAUUCUUCAAGACUUAAGACCAGUAUUAAAUAUAAAAAACUCAAAUGUUAAAGUAUAUGCAGGCACAGCAAAUGAAGCAACAUUUGUAAACAAGCUACAAAAUACUAUUAUUAGUUUAGUAAGCAAUGGUACAAAAUGCAAAACAAUAGCAGAUCUUGAGAAAGAAGCAGAAAAAGUGAAAAUCCAUUUAGAUAAGAAAGUUCCUGAACGUCAACGAGCCAGGGAGCUGGUUCUCAACAUAACAGCUGAAAUAAAAGAUGUGGCUGAGUACAAACAGAAAACCAUGGUGUUACAGGGAAAACUGUGGGAAGAGGUAUCCAGAGUAGACAAAGAACUUUGCAGAAUGACAAACCAGGGAGGUAAAGAUCCACAAGAAUAUAGAGAUGAACUGAAAAAGAAACAAUCUUUUCUACAUGAGAAACAAAAUAAGUGUGAUCUGCCACGUGGAAUAACACUUUUUAUAAAUGCAAUUGCUCCUUUGUCUAAAACUGAGAAACAUUUUUUCCUGAAUAGGUUAAAAUUGGAACUUGAUUCAAUAUCAAGAAAACAUCUUUCUACAUUACAAGCUAUGUACAAAGAAAGAUGUAAGGAUAAGCCAAUUAACAAAGAAGAGCUUAAAAUGAUAGACAAAGAAAUCUCCAACAAUUCUUUGGGAAUUGAACAUUUCCUUCGUGAGGUGGGACAGUUUUAUGAAGCUGAAUGUUCCAUGAAUAAAGAAAACAGACAGGGUAAUAUACAAUUUGAUUUUACUAAACUGCCAGGAAUUGCUGCUGAUCUUUUUUUGGAUGGGUUCCCAUUGGAGCUGAUAGAUGGAGAUGCCUCCAACAUCCCCUUACAGUGGAUAACUGAUGUCCUGAGUGAGCUGGACAGCAAAACAGGGAGAAAAUGCAGAAUGAGAGUAAUAACUGUGCUGGGAGUGCAGAGUACGGGAAAGUCCAGCAUUCUCAACACCAUGUUUGGCCUACAGUUCCCGGUGGCCAGUGGAGGAUGUACACGAGGAGCCUUCAUGACUCUUCUUAAUGUAAAAGAGAAUGUCCAGGAGGAGCUGGGCUGUCACUUCAUCCUGGUCAUUGACACUGAGGGAUUAAAAGCUCCAGAAUUGGCCUCUCUAGAAGGAAGCUAUGAACAUGACAAUGAACUGGCCACAGUGGUGGCCGGGUUAAGUGAUAUCACCAUAGUUAAUAUGUCCAUGGAAAACACCACAGAAAUAAAGGAUAUUUUAAAGAUUGUGGUGCAUGCCUUUCUUAGAAUGAAAGAAAUAGGAAAGAGACCCAACUGCCAGUUUGUACACCAAAAUGUGAGUGAUGUGUCCACUCAUGAAAAGAACAUGACAGACAGGAACAAACUUCUGGAACAACUGGAUGAAAUGACAAAAGUAGCUGCUGAAAUGGAAAAUAGUGAAAUUAAAACUUUCAGUGAUGUCAUGAACUACAAUCUGGAAAAAGACAUUUGGUACAUUCCUGCUCAGUGGCUUGAGGUCUCACCAAUGGCCCCAGUAAAUUCUGGGUACAGUGAACAUGUGUCAAAAUUAAAAAAGCAUUUAUUAGAAUUAAUGAAAACCAAGGAAUCGCUGGACAAGCCUCUAACAAUUUCCGACUUUAUAGAAUGGAUUAAAAGUUUAUGGAAUGCUGUCAAACAUGAGAAAUUCAUCUUCAGUUUCAGGAACAGUUUAGUGGCAGGCGCUUAUAAUAAACUGUGCAUACAAUACUCACAGUGGGAAUGGGAGUUCCGAAACACUGUCCAUGAAUGGCAGAUCCGUACAGAGACAAACAUUAAGAAUCAGACUACAGAAAGUCUAAAUGAUGAAUUGUGUUCAGAAUUUAAGGAUGAGCUCAACAGGUUACUACUUAAAGAAAAAAAUAAAAUGGUGAAAUUACUUGAAGACUAUUUUGGCAAUAAAAAUGAAAAUGUUCAUCUCAUAGUACGAUACAAAGAGGAUUUUGCUUCAGGCAUAGAGUUCCUGAGGAAAGAAUUGGAAACAAAUGCUCUUAGCAAGUUUGUUAAGGCUGUCUCUGUGAAGAAGGGAAAAUUCAAGAUUGAGAAUAUCAAGAGCUGUUCCCAGAAACUAAUAGAAGACAAAAUCACAGAUCUGCUUGGAAAGUGCAGAGAGAAGAACCAGAAACGAAGACAACAAGAGUUACAGGAUACAUUUGAGGAGAUAUGGGAGAAGACACUGACAGGUCUACAGCUAGAGAAAUUAACAACACGCGUAGUUAGUAAACCAAUGCUGACCCAACUGAGGAAUGACAUGAGAAAUAAAGGACCAGAUGUAAAUGAAGCCUUACUACGUGUACACAACUUAGAAGAGAACAUGCAAACAACAUUCAAAAUAGAUGAAAAACAUAUUCAGACUGGGUUUAUAAACAAUGUCAAUAAAGUGAUCAGCUUUGGAAACAAGGAAGUGUAUGAUAAAAUAGAACAUUUUGCUCUCUCUAUAAUAAAUAAGUGUGACACAUUUGUCAGAGAGAAGGUCAAUACCGAACAAGAUUAUGAUGACACCUACUGCCAGGAAAUACUUUGCAUGAUCAAUACAGAGCUAGCAAAGCGUUAAAAAAAUCUUAACUUCUCCUCACAUUUUGAAUUGGAUAUUAAGUGUCACAUUCUGGGAAGAGCAUCCCGAGAAUUUCAGGCAAUGCACAACAAGUUUAUAGAAGCCAAUGAUCCAAAACUUUCUCUGGAAAGACUAAAGACUGGAUAUUUACAAAUAUUUAGCUGUACAUUUCAAGUGAAAGAUACAUGUCAGACUAAGGCCAAAGAAUUUAGUGAGCGAUGCCUAAAACCAGCCAUGACAAAUUAUGUCUUCAAGCAUCUUGGAAAUAAAAUAGUAGCUGACAUAUUACACAGCUCAGACAACAAGAAAUUCAGCAACAGAACCUUCUUUCAGAGUUUUUUGCUGAAAGAACUGCUGGAAGAGUCAUUCCAGAAAUAUGUGACAUUCAUUGGCUUAUAUGAGGAAUAUGCAAGAGACUGGAUAAGGAACUACAUUGAAGAGAAAUAUGCAGAUCCACAAUGCCUGAAGCCCUUAGAAGAAAACAUUAUCGCUUCAGUGAAUACAAAAGUAAAAGCAGCUAUUAAAGAAGACAAAUGUCUCAGAAGUUCAUCUAACUCAGAUUUCUUGAAACAUGUGUGUGAGUUGCUGCAAAAUGAAUUGGUGAUUCCAAAGGAUGAGAUGAAUUUGAUAACUUUUCAGAACCAAGCUACUGUUGAUCAGUUUUCAUCUGACAUUUUGCUCUUCCUCAAGGAUACAGAAUCAGAAAUCAUAUCAGAGCUGCAAUCUAUGGAUAUGAAGUCUGUACUCUCCAGGGUGACAAUAAAGCCUCAGGAUGAAUUGUUCAGGAAGGUUGUUGGCUGUGGGAAGCAAUGUCCAUUCUGUAAGGUACCCUGUGAGGCCGGAGGUGGUGAGCACAAGGAGCACUUUGCUACUAUCCAUAGACCCAAAGGAUUGGGGGGAUACAGAUAUAGAUUGACUAAAGAAUUAACCACUGAUAUAUGUUCAUCAUCUGUUAUAUCUGAUGUUUACUUUAAAAAUGCAAAAACGGAUAUCUCUGGGCACCCAUACAAAAACUAUCGUGAGAUUUAUCCUGACUGGUCAAUUCAACCAGAUGCCAGCCUUGAGUCCUCCAAUUACUGGAAAUAUAUUUUUAUGACGUUUAAUGAGAAGUUUGCUGAAGAAUACAAUGCUAACCCAGCAAAACUGCCAAAUGGCUGGAGAAACAUCACAAAAAAAGAUGUUUUGGACAGCUUAGCCCGUGUGUUCAAUGAAAAUCCAUAG